AUGAUCUCCGAGGGUGGGAGGCUAGUGGAUAAGAAGCCUCUGAAAGGUUAUCUGCCGGAGAGGAUAUGCCGCGUGCUUUGCUCCUUGGCACUGGUCUUCGUGCUGUCGUUCCUCGUCUCGUCUCUCUUCUUCCUCCUCCUAUCAGCGACGCUAUCCCCGCUACUGACAUCCCUGCUUCGCUAUGGCGCUCCCGCGGAGCCAGCCGAUGCGGGAGGGAGAAUUGCAUUCAUGUUCCUGACGCGUGGACCGCUGCCAUUGGCUCCUCUGUGGGAGAAGUUUUUCUAUGGUCACGAGGGUCGCUACGCCGUGUACGUGCACGCCUCGCAGCCCAACUUCACAUUCCCCUCCAACUUCUCGCCAGCCUUCGUUGACCGGCAAAUACCAGGCGGCAAGGUGGAGUGGGGUCGAAUGUCCGUCGUGGCUGCCGAGCGACGCCUGUUGGCCUACGCUGUCACGGACAAGCGAAACGAGUACUUUGUCCUCGUCUCGGAAUCGUGCAUUCCGCUGUGGUCGUUCGACUACAUCCACGAUUACAUCUCCAGCACGCACAUCAGCUUCGUCGAGGCGCACAGGGACCCGUUUGACGAGGCGUUCGGGCGGUACCUGCCGGACAUCCACAUGCCGGCCAUCAGGCAAAAGGACUUCCUCAAAGGCAGCCAGUGGUUCGUGCUGCAGCGCCGCCACGCGGAGCUGGUGGUGCAGGACACAGAGCACUACCUCGUGCACUCCAAGUCCUGCCAGUGGAGGGCGCAGCACUCCAAGUACUGCUGCUCCGACGAGCACUACCUUCAGAUCCUCCUUGCUCUGAAGGACCCAGCAGGGAUCUCGCGCUUCCCGGUGACCCUGGCGGACUGGAGCCAGUGGCGGUUCCACCCCGAGACGUACUACUCGUACAACAUGACCAACGAACUCUUCAAAACCAUCAAGUCCACUAAGCACUAUAUCCAGUACCGCUACUACUGGAAGAAGUUCAGAAAUAGAUAUACUUAUAUUGAAAACCCUAAGAAACCCCAACCUGCUCCAGUAAGUUCUAUGUAA